AUGUCGUCUCCGCCGCCGCUGGUGAAGCUGAUCGGCUUCUUCGGCAGCCCGUACGCGUUCCGCGCGGAGGCGGCGCUGUGCCUCAAGGGCGUGGCCUACGAGCUCAUCCUGGAGGACCUCUUCGGCACCAAGAGCGACCUGCUGCUCCACCACAACCCCGUCCACAAGAAGGUGCCCGUGCUCCUCCACGGCGACGACAGGGCCAUCUCCGAAUCCCUCGUCAUCGCCGAGUACGUCGACGAGGCCUUCGACGGGCCGCCGCUCCUCCCCGCCGACCCCUACGACCGCGCCACCGCCUGCUCCUGGGCCGACUUCAUCGAGAACAAGCUCACCAAGCCCUUCUUCAUGGCGAUCUGGGUGGAGGAGGGCGACGCGCGGCUGCGACCGGGAUACCUCGACGUCGCCGCCUCCGCGCUUGCGCUCUGGCGCAGCGUCAUCGAGGAGCUCAACGGAGUGACCCUGCUGAGCGAGGACGAGCACCCCAACCUGUGCCGGUGGAGCAGGGACUACUGCGCCUGCGAGGAUCUCAAGCCGUGCAUGCCGGAUCGGGAGAAGCUCCUCGCCUACUUCACCGAGAACUUCGACAGGUACAAGGCGGCCGUCAAUGCGACGUUAUCGCAGUCGCAGCAGUGA